CACCUCGGCCACAAUCGCAAUCGCCACCGUGAUAUGUACUCUAGCAUCUUAUCUUUGAAAAUGUUUGAACGAUUAGACAAUAAUCGAUUUACGUUCAUACGUUUGUAUCUAAAAUUGUUUAAUAAUUCGAAGUCGGUGUGCGACGGUGUGUUAACGUUUUAAGUGUGGUGCGUGUAAUAUUCGGCAUGUCGUCGACUUCUACGUCGUCGCUCACCGGGAGGAAGCUGGUGCUUAGUACGCUUUUAGAAACGGAUCAUUACGAGAGCCUAAUUAAAGACUUGACGUGUACAAAAUGUGCAAAAUACAUGAAACCUCCGAUUCAUUUGUGCGUCGAUGGACACAGUUUGUGCGGCCCCUGCUUUGAAAAGAGUUAUCAGUGUCACCUGUGUAAGAAAGAGUUCUCACUGGUUCGUCCGAUUGUUUUGGAGUCUUUGGCGAAUAAAGUCCUGUUCCCGUGCACGAAUGCAGGAUGUCCGAAACACGCGAACCUGCCCAUGCUAGAGAAACACAUUCCCCACUGUCAAUUUAGGAUAAUAAAUUGUUUUAUGGCACGUGUUUAUGGUGACUGUUCUUGGGAAGGACGUGCUGGUGAAUGGAUGGAUCAUUGUUUUGAACAACACAAACAGAAAGUGACAGAACUACCAUUUAUAACUGUUAAGGACAAAUGGGACGCAAAGAGAACAGAGCCUGUUCUUAAUUAUUUUCUAAUGAAAUGUUACGAAAGAGUAUUUAAUGUUUAUCAAAUCUAUGAUAAAAGGGGAGGUAGAAUGAUGUGGACUGUUCUGGUGAACGAUGAUAACGCGGAUAAAUUUUAUUUCGAAGUUGAUAUAUUUUUACCAAAUAUACCGAGCAAGAGAAUAGUCUACAGGAGACCUUGCAAGUGUGAAAAGGAUGCUGAUUUCUUGGAACACACACAGAACGUGUACAUUCCGGUGGAAAAUGUUUUUUCUAUGUUAGAUGAUAGCGAAUCUAUGAAUUUUACUGUACGAAUUGGUGAGGUUGAGAAUCUGCCAAUGCUUGAAAGCCCUACUGGAAGUGAAAGUUUAAUUCUUCUACAUCACGAAGACGUGAAGGAUCAAAGUCAUUAAAACAAUCUUAGGAAAUACAAUUUAGGCACAUCCAGUUACUGUGUUAAUUUGAUAGUAAUAAAAUACUUUGAACGUCGUGUGUAUAGUAGAAGUAAAGUGCUAAAACUUAACAAUUACCUAGUGCUAGGGUACUUAUUAGGUCAUUAAAAAACUAGAAUUAUUAUUUUUUCAUAUCAAAAUAUUGUUAAUAUGAAAAAUUAUAUUUUUAUGAAACCGUUGAACAAGGUAAAUCCCCUUUUCGUUGCUUCUAAAAAUGUAGUUUAAUACCUUUCAUCGGAUCAAAGAAAGUUUGAGUUUCCCCUCUUAUUUCUUGUUAGAAUAAGAUAAAGUUUUUAUGUCGUUGUUUGUUUAACAAGGCUUUUCUUUUUUAUUACCGUCGCGCGAGCAAAAUGUUGUUACGAAAAGUAUUCACAGACACAUUACCUAGGAGUUAUUAAAGAGAUAUUUCUAAAAAAUCUGUCCUCAUUUUUUACAAGCUUACUUGGAAUUAUAAGAAAUCCGCGAGAGUUCUUAAUAUUUAUAUUAUGAUAUCGACAAUGGUGUUUAUAAAAAAUCUUAUAAGUUACAAGAAUAUCUUUGCAAAAUUUAUUUGAAAAAGUGAGAAU